GAGAGAAGAAGACAGUUCCUUUAUAUGAAGAAAAGAAAAGAAAAGAAAAGAAGAGAAAGAAAAACAGCUUUCAAAGAGGGAAGAGAGGAAAAGUCAUUUGUGUUUUCUGCGUUGAAGAAGAGAGCUAAACAACUGGACGAGAAGACGCGGCGAAAAUUCAAACAUUGUACGGACGUUUCAUUCUUUCGUUGCUCUUAUUUAGAUCUGUGGACUCCUGGGAUUCCUUCUCUUUCUCCAUUUUCAAUGCGGUGACUCCCAGAAACCAUAGUGAUUACCUUCCUUUCAAAUGAUGAUGGACUUCUACUUCUAAAUUCUCGCUAAUGGAGUCUGAAACGGCGUCGUCGGUCGAUGAACAGGUCGUUGCUGCUGUUGCUUCAGUGGGUGCUGCAGCUGGAGCUGAUUCCAGAGGUAGGCAUCGGAUUCUUGCGGAGCUUAAGCGCGUUGAGCAAGAAAUCAAGUGCUUGGAGGAAGAGCUGGGGGAGCUUGAGAAUACACAUAAUGUCUCAACAGUGUGUGAAGAAUUGCUGCUGAAUGUCAAUGUCAUACCUGAUCCAUUACUCUCAGAAACAAGUGGCUGUGUGAACCCAUUAUGGGAUCGAUGGUUUGAAGGGCCCCAGGAAUCUCAAGAUUGCCGAUGCUGGAUACUCUGAUUGGAAGCAAUCUAACAUUAUUAUGAUUUAUCAGCUGGAGGCUUCAACAUAUGUUUCAUAACAAACUUGUGAACAUGUUACAAGACAAAUGUUGCUCUCAGCGAAUGGUCAAUUAAUUUUUUCUACUGCAUGAAAUGAAAGGUUUUUAGGUAACUCAUAGUUGAUGUAAAAUCAUUUGUUGGUCUGUUCAGAUUAAAUUUGUAAAUCAAGUUUGUAACCACUACUGAGAAUUACUACAUGUAUUUUUCUUCUCACAACUUGAAAGAAUAAGAAGAAGAAGAAGAAGAAGAACAAAAAUUGUUUUGGUGUGUA